AUGCGCAUCGGUUACGGCACACGCACUGGGAAGCUCGCGGCGAACACAGGUAUGGCAGCCCGUUCGCAAAGGCUAGCAUCCGCAGGGCCUGCAGGAAGGCGGCCACUGGCGAGCCUGUCCGAUAUCACGAACCUGCAGGAUGCACGGGAAGGGAGGAAGAAGCUAGCACGACCUCCUCAGAACCAACUUGGCCAAGUCGGCCAGUUCGGCCACCUUGGACCCGGGCCGGCUCCCGCAUUGCGGGCUCCACGGCCCUCUGCCAAUGCUACGCUGCCGAGCACUGCGGAGCAGCAGCCCGUGGCCAUGGAGGUUAGCAGCCCAGAAGCCGCCACGGAGGCACACAAGCGAUCACAGUCCGCAGCGGAGUAUGUGCCCGAGAUUAUGGAGCGCUUGUUUGAGGAGGAAGCAGCUUUCCUGCCUCGACCUUCGUACAUGGAGACGCAGCAAGACAUCAAUGGCAAGAUGCGGGCAAUUCUCGUUGACUGGCUGGUGGAGGUUCACAUGAAAUAUCGCCUGCGCGCAGAGACGCUCUUCUUGGCAGUAAACCUCAUCGACCGCCACAUGACCGCUUUGCCCGUUCUGAGGAGGCGGCUGCAGCUGGUGGGUGUUACGGGCAUGUUCGUGGCGGCCAAGUUCGAGGAGAUCGACCCGCCACGUGCUACGGACUUUGUGUACAUAACAGACAAUACCUACUCCAAGGAUGACCUCUUGCAGAUGGAGUGCAUGAUGCUCUCAGCCUUGGAGUUUCGAGUGGUGGUGCCAACGCCUGCCCACUUCUUCAAUCACUUCGUCAAGGCCAACAGCUGCGAGAAUGCCAGACACGUUGAAACGGUCAAGUACAUCCUGGAGCUUGUACCGCCCCCUGAGGAGAUAUGCGCAGACCUGAUUAUCAUUGUCGGGCUGCUGAUCCCUCUUUUUGCUGAGGCACUCAUCGAUCUACGGAUGAUCCGGCCUUCCCACCUGCUCGCAGCAGCGAUCUUGCUUAGCAAUGACCUCUUCGGUGCAGACGUGCAGACACACGGAGGAGGAGCUGCGAGGCUGCGCAGAGGCGAGGAAUCCAAGUGUUUGGAGCUCCUCAUGGAGCAGGUCGACGGCCGUGCCAGGGGCUUCGCGCAGAAUGUGGACACAGAGAACUUGAACCCUGGUCUCGGCUUCGCGGCCACGCGCAUCGGUUACGGCACACGCACUGGGAAGCUCGCGGCGAACACAGGUAUGGCAGCCCGUUCGCAAAGGCUAGCAUCCGCAGGGCCUGCAGGAAGGCGGCCACUGGCGAGCCUGUCCGAUAUCACGAACCUGCAGGAUGCACGGGAAGGGAGGAAGAAGCUAGCACGACCUCCUCAGAACCAACUUGGCCAAGUCGGCCAGUUCGGCCACCUUGGACCCGGGCCGGCUCCCGCAUUGCGGGCUCCACGGCCCUCUGCCAAUGCUACGCUGCCGAGCACUGCGGAGCAGCAGCCCGUGGCCAUGGAGGUUAGCAGCCCAGAAGCCGCCACGGAGGCACACAAGCGAUCACAGUCCGCAGCGGAGUAUGUGCCCGAGAUUAUGGAGCGCUUGUUUGAGGAGGAAGCAGCUUUCCUGCCUCGACCUUCGUACAUGGAGACGCAGCAAGACAUCAAUGGCAAGAUGCGGGCAAUUCUCGUUGACUGGCUGGUGGAGGUUCACAUGAAAUAUCGCCUGCGCGCAGAGACGCUCUUCUUGGCAGUAAACCUCAUCGACCGCCACAUGACCGCUUUGCCCGUUCUGAGGAGGCGUCUACAGUUGGUGGGUGUUACGGCCAUGUUCGUGGCGGCCAAGUUCGAGGAAAUUGACCCGCCGCGGGCCACGGACUUCGUGUACAUAACAGACAACACCUACUCCAAGGAUGAUCUCUUGCAGAUGGAGUGCACAAUGCUUUCAGCCCUAGACUUUCGAGUGGUGGUGCCAACGCCUGCCCACUUCUUCGACCAGUUCGUCAAGGUCAACAGCGAGAACUCUCUGCAAACUGAAACGGUCAAGUAUAUCCUCGAGCUUGCACUCAUCGAUCUACGGAUGAUCCGGUAUCCGCCUUCCCACCUGCUCGCAGCAGCGAUCUUGCUUAGCAAUGACCUCUUCGGUAGGGCAGCUCUAUGGCCAGAUGUUAUGGUGCAGACGUGCAGACACACGGAGGAGGAGCUGCGAGGCUGCGCAGAGGAGCUGCGCUCGCUGCUGCGAGCGGCCCCAGCAGGUUCGCUGCAGGCCGUGCGGAAAAAGUACAUGCUGCAGACACACCACCGUAUUGCUAGCCAUGCAGUGCUGGCAGGAGCUUAA